CUUACGCAGGACUUUGAGUCAACGAGAUCCGAUAUCGCCUUCAUCUCAGGAGGGUUGAGCCUGCGGACACAGAGGGCCUUCUAUCCACAGAGACCUGGCAGACAGUCGUGUUCAGCUCCUUCCUCAUCCCCAGCUUCAACCAUGUACUCCGCAGGUGUGGAGAUCCUCGGCAUGAUCCUGGCUGUGGCCGGUUGGCUGGGGGUGAUGGUGGCCUGUGGCCUGCCCAUGUGGCGGGUGGCUGCCUUCAUCGGUCAGAACAUCGUCAUCUCCCAGGUGAUCUGGGAGGGCUUGUGGAUGAACUGCUCGGUGCAGAGCACGGGUCAGAUGCACUGCAGGGUGCAUGACUCCAUGCUGGGGCUACCGGAAGACCUGCAGGCUGCUCGUGCCUUGGUCAUCGUCUCCAUGGUGCUGUGCAUUGUGGGCAUCGGCCUGUCGGUGGCCGGGGCCAAGUGCACCAACUGCAGCCGGGACGUGAGCAGCAAACCGAAGCUGGUGGUAGCUGCUGGAGGAACCUUUGUGGUGGCCGGACUGCUGCUGCUGGUCGCAGUGUCCUGGACGGCCCACGCCAUCGUCCUGGGGUUCUACGACCCGCUGCUGGAGGAGACGGGGAAGAGAGAGUUUGGCAACGCUCUGUACUUUGGCUGGGCUGCGUCCUGCCUGCUGAUUGUUGGGGGGGUCCUGUUAUGUUGCUCCUGCCCCCCCAGGUCAGCUGCAGCGCCGAGGGGAGGUGGCCCUGUGCCGCCGCAUGUGGACUACUCAGCUGUCAAAACCAUGUCAGUGAACGGAUACACCAGAAGAGACUAUGUGUAAUCAUUUGUGAGUGCAGAUGAGGAAACAAUAACCAACACUAACACGUCUGUGCUCAGUGUGUGGAUGAUGACAUUGAUUUCACUGCAGCAUGUUGGGUUUGGACAUUGAUGCCAUUUUUCUUAAGUUUCUUUCAUUUAUGUGUUAAAAACAUCAAUACAUUUUAUAUGGAGUAAACGUCAUGUCAUAUUCUGAAACUGAAGAAAGGCAUUGAAAGCUUAAUAUCUAAUAAAAAAAGGUUUUGCAUGAUUGAAA